CGUGACUCAGCCCCCCCCGCGGCCCCCCCCGCCCCCCCCGUGCCCGGCCCUUCAUAAGGCGGCGAGCGAGGCCGGCGGGCCGGGAGCGACGCCAUGGCUGCCUUCCUCCUCCUCCUCCUCCUCGCCGCCGGUGCCGGCGCGGAGGUGCCCGCGGGGCCCCCCCAGGGCCUGGAGCAGACGGAGCAGCUGCUGCAGCUGGAGCAAGCCCCGCUGCUCCCCGCGGCGGCCCAGGAGGAGCGUCACCCGCCGGUGCCACCGCCGCGCUGGGGCGGCGACCUGGAGGGCUUCCCGCCCGCCCGCCCCGCCACCGCCGCCGCCGUGGCCGCCCUGUGCCGCCGCCCGCCCGCCCCCGCCGCCGACCCCUUCGCCGACCUGCCGCCCACCGGCUUCUCCCACCUGCGGCGGCAGGCGGCCGCCCUGCACCGCCUCGCCGGACGCCUGGGCCCCUGCUGCCGCCAGCCCCGGCCCCUGCCCUGCGCCCAGCAGGCGUGGGCGGAGGAGCUGGAGGGCUUCUGCGCCGACGAGUUCAGGGUGAAGACGCGCCACUACCCCUGCUGCAAGCGCCCGGCGGCCGAGCGGCCCCGCUGCUUCGAGGAGGCCGCCCCGCCGCCCGCCGCCCCCGCCGCCCUCCGCUCCCCCCCGCCGCCGCCAUCGCCCGCCUUCCCCCCCGGCGAGCCCACCGCCGCCAACAUGGCCAACGUGUGCCGCCUGCGCCGCUUCCGCCCCGCGCCCGACCCCGCCGCCUUCCCGGCCUCCGGCUUCGGCGCCGCCAAGAGCCGGGCGCGGGCCCUGGCCCGGCUGGAGCGCGGCUACAAGGGCUGCUGCCGCGCCGGCGGCCUCCCCUGCGCCCGCGCCGCCUGGCGGCAGGCGCUGGGGCGCUUCUGCGAGGAGGAGAGCGCCGUGAAGACCAAGCAGCACCGGUGCUGCCGCCGCGGGGCCGGCGAGGCCCGUUGGCGCUGCUUCGCCGCCGAGGCCCCGCACCCGGCCUACGACCGCCCGCUGCGCAACGUCAGCCUCGCCCGCCUGGGCCCCCCGCUGCUCGACGCCCUCUGCGGCCCCGCCCGCCUCCUCACCAAGCAGAAGCCGGUGCCGGCGCUGGUGCAGAGCAUCACGGCUGCCUGCUGCCCGCGCGACCCCGCCGACCGCCCCGCCUGCGCCGAGGAGGAGAAAUCCCGCGCCAUCGCCGCGCUCUGCUCGUCGCAACGGGCCUCGUGGAAGGACCCGCAGCGCUGCUGCGACGCUGCCGACGCCGAGCUGCGACGCCGCUGCUUCGACACCUCCUACCUGGCCAACGUCGCCCUGGCCUCCGCCGCCCCCGAGCUGCUGCCCCCGGCCCCCAGCGCCCCCCCGGCCCCGCCCAGCCCCGGCCCCCCCGGCCCCGGCGAGCUGGGGCUGUGACGGCGCUGGGGGGGCCCCGCUGCCGCCCCGCCGCCCGGCACCCAAUAAAGCCUGCGCCCGACA